AUGCUCGACGUGUUUCGCAGUCUGAAGACGUUGCUCAAGACCAGCCGGAUCCAGAUCGACAACAACGUCUUCAAGCUUCACUACUCGAUCACGGUCAUCCUCCUGCUCGCCUUCUGCAUCAUCAUCACCACCAAACAGUAUGUGGGCGAUCCGAUUGACUGCCUGCGCAGUGACGCCAUUCCACAGUCUGUCAUCAACACCUACUGCUGGAUACACACCACAUACACAAUGCCGAAGAGCUACUACAAAAAGGUGGGCGUGGAGGUGCCCUACCCGGGG